AUGUUGACAUACAGAACAUCUCAUAAAAGAUUAACUAAAGAAUUUAAAAGGAUGCAAGAUAGUCCUCCACCUUAUAUUUUAGCUAAACCAAGUAAAGGAAAUAUAUUGGAAUGGCAUUAUGUAUUAACUGGACCAGAAGAUACUCCGUAUGAUCAAGGACAAUAUCAUGGUAUAUUGCGUUUCCCUAAAGAUUACCCAUUGCUGCCACCAUCAAUUAUAAUUGUUACACCCAAUGGUAGAUUUGUUUGCAAUACUAGUUUAGGUAUGACGAAUCUUUAUCCUCAAAAUUGGCUUCCGAUUUGGAAUGUGGAAUCGAUUUUAUUAGAUUUGUUGGCUCAUAUGACUGGUGAUAAACCUAUAAUAGGAUCAAUCAAUACAAAUAAUAGUGAAAAGAAAAGUUUGGCCAGAAAUAGUAGGAAAUGGAAUAUGACUGAAAAUCCCAGAUUCAAAAAUUUGUUCCCUGAUUUAAUAAUUGAAAACAGUCAAUUUAUAAGCCAAUAA